CCUUGGGGCCAGGAGCGGGGAAGCUGAGUGCUAGAGACCCCAGACCGAGCGCAGCCUCCUCCGCCAUCCCAACCACCAUGACCCAGUUCAACAAAGGCCCUUCCUACGGGCUCUCGGCCAAGGUAAAGAACAAGAUUAUGUCCAAGUACGACCAUCAGGCAGAAGAAGAUCUUCACAACUGGAUAGAAGAGGUGACUGGCUUGAGCAUUGGCACCAACUUUCAGCUGGGCUUAAAGGACGGCAUCAUCCUCUCCGAGCUCAUAAACAAACUACAGCCAGGUGCCGUGAAGAAAGUUAACAAGUCCUCGCUAAACUGGCCUCAGUUGGAGAAUAUUGGCAACUUCAUUAAAUCUAUUCAGGCUUAUGGCACAAAACCCCAUGACAUCUCUGAAGCAAAUGAUCUCUUUGAAAAUGGAAACAUGACACAGGUUCAGACUAUGCUGGUGGCCCUAGCUGGUCUGGUGAAAACAAAAGGGUUCCAUACAACCAUUGACAUUGGGGCUAAGUAUGCAGAGAAGCAAACGAGACGUUUUGAUGAAGGAAAAUUAAAAGCCGGUCAAAGUGUGAUUGGCUUGCAGAUGGGAACCAACAAGUGUGCCAGCCAAGCCGGUAUGACAGCCUAUGGGACUCGGAGGCAUCUUUAUGAUCCCAAAAUACAAACCGAUAAGCCCUUUGACCAGACCACAAUUAGUCUGCAGAUGGGCACUAACAAAGGGGCCAGCCAGGCGGGGAUGUUGGCACCAGGCACCAGAAGAGAUAUCUAUGAUCAGAAGCUGACCCUACAGCCAGUGGACAACUAGACGAUCUCUCUACAGAUGGGAACCAACAGAGUGGCUUCCCAGAAAGGGAUGAGUGUGUAUGGGCUGGGGUGGCAAGUGUAUGACCCCAAAUACUGUGCCGCCCCCACCGAACCUGUCAUUCACAAUAGCAGCCAAGGAACAGGAAUGAAUGGGUUGGAAAUCAGUGAUAGCAACUAUCAAGCUGAGUACCCAGAUGAGUAUCAUGGGGAGUACCCAGAUGACUACCCCCGAGAGUACCAGUAUGGCGACCAAGGCAUUGAUUACUAGAGUCACACAGAGGAGGAGCGAGCACAGUAUUUACUCCAUCGUUCUUCUUCCGUGAGAG